GAAAAAGGAAAGGAAAAAAAAAAGGGAAAAACAUGAGGAAAAAAAAAAAAGGGAAAAACAAGAGAAAAUGUCGCAGCAGAAAAAAGAGUAACUGAGAAAGCAAAAGGAAAAUGAAAGCUUGAAGCUGAGGAAAGAAGCUAAUCUAAACGUGAUUACGGAGGUCUCCUUGAUUCUUGGUCGAUCUCUUUCUUCUCCAAUCUGUAUCGUCAUCAACGCUGUAGAUCCGGGCGUCAACAGUCCGUAUAUUUUCCAAUUGCCUUUUCAGCUUCGUAGGGCCGAUUUUGAGGUCUUAAAACUCCACCAGCUGCCUACUUCACUAUCUUCAUGGACCUUCUUGACUUGGAGAAUUUCAGAAAUAGCAUAUGUUGCUGAUUUAGGUAAUUGAUUGUUGUUCCUUUGAGCCAUGUGGAUAAGUUGAAGUAACAAGGUUAGACUGUUGUUGGCUGGAUGAUAAUACCUCAUUCUCCUGCAUUGAGGAGCUCUCCUGGUAGAGAGCCCAAAGGUGGUAAUCAUAAGCGAGGCCACAACUUUGAGAGUGUUGUGCGCAUAAGAGAGAAAGAUGACGAUCUUGCUUUAUUCAAUGAAAAGCUGACUCGAGAAAGAGAGGGUUUCCUGCUUCAGUUGGCAGAGGACUUAGAGGACUCAUUUUCUACAAAGUUGAGGCACUUUUCAGAUUCGAAGCUUGGUAUCUCCAUUCUUGUUCAUGGAGAGAAUAGUGAUUUGCUUAAUAAUUGUAAAGCGGAGAAAAAUGACUAUGACUGGUUGUUAACACUUCCUGACACCCCUCUUUUCCCUUCAUUGGAUGAUGAGCCGCCUCUAGUUACUAUUGCAAGCAGGGGGAGGCCUGCCAUUUCCAUAUCGAGAUCAUCCACGAUGGAAAAAAGUCACAGAAGCAGUAUGAGUAAGGGUAGUCCAAGUCCUAGUCGUUUAAGCCCAUUUCCUAGGUCAGCAAACAGUGUGCCUCAAUUGUGGGGAAGGCAACUGUCAGCCCCACAUUCCAGCCCAACUCCGAGUCUACGACAUGCUACACCAUCUAGAAGAUCAACUCCAACUAGAAGAUCUUCACUUCCUUCAAGUACACCACCAAUAUCUGUGCCACGGUCUUCCACCCCAACUCCCAGGAGGUUGAGCACAGGGUCCAACAUAACUGUUGUUAUAUCUGGGGCAAGGGGAAAUUCACCCAUAAAGUUAGUCAGAGGAAAUUUUGCCUCGCCUAAAAUAAGAGCAUGGCAAACCAAUAUUCAUGGUUUCUCCUCUGCCCCCCCUAACCUCCGGACAUCUCUGGCUGACCGGCCAGCAUCAUAUGUGAGAGGAUCCUCACCAGCUUCCCAAAACAGUAAGGACCUUGCCCCCAAAUACGGUAGGCAAUUAAUGUCUCCAACUGCUCCUAGGAGUAUCAACUCAUCUCAUAGUCAUGAUCGAGAUCGUUAUAGCUCUUACAGCGGAGGUUCUAUCGCCUCGUCUGGUUAUGAUGAUUUAGACUCCUUGCAGUCAAUUCCCGUUGGUAAUUUAGAUAAUUCAUUGUCAAAAGGAGGGAUUUCUUUUUCAAAUAACAAAGCUCUGGCCUUCUCCAAGAAACACAGAAUAGUUUCUUCUAGUUCUGCUCCUAAGAGAUCUCUUGAUCCGACGAUUCGACAUUUGGAUCGAAAAAGCCCAAAUAUGUUUAAGCCACUUUUAUCAAGUGUACCCAGCACCACUUUUUACACGGGCAAGGCAAGUUCUGCACAUUGUUCUCUGAUUUCUAGGAAUUUCUCAUUCACAACCAGCAGUAAUGCAAGUUCUGAUCAUGGUACAUGUAUUGCACUUGAUACAGGAGUGACCACAAUCAGUAUGAUAUGGCCAAUGAAUGUGAGAAAUUACCAUAUCAUGACAGUCAUGAAGAAAUAUUUGCCUUUGAUAAGAUGGAUAUUGUUGAUGAAGAUCCCAUUCAUGGUAUUAAGUCACUUGAUAGUGGUCCUGCACUUGGCUGUGAUGCGGUUGUCACUGGAGAUAGUAGAUACGAAGCUGUUAUACCAGAUAUUAAAAUAUGAAGAAGAUAAACCAUUCAAUAAGGUGAAUUCACUGGGGAUUUCUCCCGACUCUUCCCCAGCCACCGAUUUGGGUGAUUCUAGGAUUUCUACGUCUGUGGGCAAUGUUGAGCAAGAUGAAGCAGAUUAUCCUGAACAAGAAGGUGCAGGAAUUUCUAUAUUGUUAAGGAGGUCAAGCAGCAGUAAGGGCCCUGUUGUCCAAGGAAGAACUUUUACUGCAAGUACCAUAUCUUAUGAUGAUCUAUCUUUUGCAAGAGAUAGCAUGAGCAUAAGUUUAAGGAAAGGGGAUUUGGAGAACAAAAAAGGUGAAACUAGCGUGAAAAAAUCUCACUACUCUGAGGUAGCUUCUACCGGAAUACCUGCCAAUGCCCAUCCUUUAUCGGGCUUUGAAACUUGUAACCAAGAGGAAAAUGUGGAUUUUUGUGUGGUUAAUUUAGAGCGUUUUUCAAGCCAGGGAACUACUAUGUUUUCUCAGAAACCUGAACUAGCUUCUGAAAAUGCCGAGUCAGAUGAUACCUCUUCAAUUGCGGUAGCUGAUGUAGUGGAGGAUAAACUUGAAUGCGACAAAUGUAGGAAACUGGACGCUUGUACCUCAGAAUUGUCAAGGGAGGACUCAUCAGGUGGUAGGAGUGUCUCAGAUAGGGAUCCAACUUUCGACUGUUCCAAAUUGGAGGGACACAACAUGCUGGAUGGUGAUGUGUUUGAAGAUGAACGUAUAAAUCUUUCCACUCAUCCAAUGACAACAAUAUCAGAACAAGAAGCCACACAAAUAGCUGAGGUGAUAGCUCUAGGUUCACAGGAUGAUAUAUCAACAAUAUCAAAGAUCCCACUGGAAGAAGUGGAAUCUGUGGUUCCUAGUGGGCCUGACCAGGAUCUAACACCCUCUGUUAUUAAUACUAAAAAAUCUGAUGGGAUCCUAGAAGAGUCGACAGUAAUUGUUGAUUAUCAGGGCAAAACAAAGGUGGUAAGAAGCUUGACACUUGAAGAGGCAACAGAUACAAUACUUUUCUGUAGUUCCAUUGUUUAUGAUCUAGCCUACUCGGCUGCUACCAUAGCAAUUGAGAAGGAAAAAGAGAAGGAAAAGGAAAAUGAGGUUACAUUGAGCCUCACGACCAAUGUUUUGGGGAAAUCUAACACUAACAGAAGUGAUCUGCGCCAUAGAACAGGCGGCAAACAGGCUAUGAAAUCACAAAAACCUAGACAGCGACAUGUCAAAAUGAGUUCAAAGUCUCCUAUUGCUAAGACGAAAAAUGAUGAGAACAUCGACGAGUCCAUUCGAAAUGUAGGCCUUCCGAAUCAAGUAGACACCGCGAAACCUCCAAAGCUGGAAUCUAAAUGCAACUGCAGUAUAAUGUGAUUCUAAUGAAUAGCUUCCUUUGUCCAUCCUUCCCAUCUUCUUCCUCAGACAACCAGAGCUCACUACUACACAUAUAUAACCAAAAAACCGUGUUCUACGGGGCUUGUCUGGAUAAGUUGUCACUUGGUUUUCAAUCAAAUCCAGUUUAAUGUAUAAGAAAUUCCACGAAACAGGUGACGUAGAUGUAAAGUUCUUUUUUCUUUUUUCUCCUUUUGUUUUCUGAUUGCUGAGGCUGAUAUUUACUCGAGAGGCCGUAGGAAUUUCAUUUCUUCAUGGAUAGUUUGCUCCAGUUGCCACAUUCUUGUGAUUAUUCUUAUUUGAUUCAAGUGCUCAGAAGCAGUGUUAAAUAUAAAGCCUCUAAUUCAUAUUAAUUUCCAUAUUGUAAAGUAUAACUCUAUUCAAAAGUAAUCUCCGAUUUGCUUUGUUCUGUUCA